AUGAAUCCACCAAAUCCAUCAAGGCCACAGGUCAUUGUGGCGUUAGACUUUGACCAAACCCUAACGCAAACCGACACCCUCGCCACCCUAACAUCCUCCAUAUCGCACUACCACCCGCAGGGGUCGCUCCCGCCCUUCGCACCUCUCGUUACCCAAUAUCUCCAAGACCUCUCCCACCAUGAAUCCACCUGGCUCCCCCACAUAACACCCAUCACCGGAGAACAACCCACCAGCGAUCUCCUCUCCACCUACUUAAACAGCCACCGGUGCAUUGAAAAUGCCUCCUUAAAUCGCAUAAGCCGCGCAGGAAUUCUUUCAGGCGUCACACGCAAUGACCUACACACCAUCGGCAGCAAGACCAACGCGGUAGUACUGCGGCCAGGCGCAGCAUCCGCCAUCAAUGGGUUUAUUGAAAACGGAUUCAAAGUCGUGGUCAUUUCAGUCAAUUGGUCAGGGGACUUUAUCCACGGCAUACUGCACGCCAAUGGUGUUCUUGGCGGUCCGGAGAAUGUGGAGAUUCUCUGCAAUGAUCCAGAGUUUGAUCCCCAAACGGGAGUCAGUACAGGGUGGGUGGAGCCUGUGAUGGUGGUUGCUGGGGAUAAGGUCGAGGCUUUGAUGAGGAUUAAGGAGCAAGUUGGGACGGAUACUUCUGAGAUCGUGGUGGUUUAUGCGGGGGACUCGUUGACGGAUCUUCCGCUGCUUUUGGUCGCUGAUGUUGGUCUGCUUGUUGGCCAGAACGCCGAUGUUUUGGACUGGUGUAGUCGCUUGGGAAUCCCCUUUGGCAUGCCGCGCGCAGACGAUCCUGGCAAGGCCCUGCACCGCCUAGACGACUGGGGAGCAGCUGCAAGCAUUAUACACCAGCAUAUUAUUUCUAAGCUAGAAAACCAGCAGUAG